GCUGGUCUCUUCUCCAUGGGCGAGAGGCGGAAGACUGCUUCGUGGCUAUCGCUCCGAAUUCCAGACCUUUGCUGGGCGAGUCUGGAACAACGCGGCGGGCGGCCGGUGGAGUCUGCAGAGAUCCCCCUGAGCCAGGUGCUCCAUGUCCGGAACACCGGUCUCAUGCUCGAGCUGGCCAUCAAGGACCAACCCGCGCUACAGCUGGAGUUUGGUGCUGCAGAGGAGCGUGUUGCCUGGGAGAAAUAUGUGAACCUUGCGCUGGAGGUUCUGGUUCCCGAGAGCGAGCGCGCCGAACGAGAUGCAGCAAAGGCAACGCACCGAGCCCAGGAGCUCGAGGAGCGCCGGGCUUUGAACGAGGAGCGAAAGAAGCGCCUGUCUGAUGGUCUUGGGAUGCGAUUCACUGCCGAGGCCAUGGUCACGCGCAGCACAUGA